AUGGUCUCAUGGGGUAUUGUAAUGACGUUGAUGGGUAUAGUGAAAUCAUACGGAGGUCUUUUGUUAUGUCGCUUAUUUUUGGGUGGUUUUGAAUCGGGCCUAUUUCCAGGUGCCACCUUCUAUCUCUCGAGUUGGUACAAGAGACGUGAACUUUCAUGGCGUGUCAGUAUUCUUUUCUCGGCUGCUGCUCUUGCUGGUGCUUUCGGUGGUGUGCUUGCCUAUGGUAUCAGUAAGUUAGGUGGUGUUGGUGGACAAGAAGGUUGGCGUUGGAUCUUCUAUCUUGAAGGUAUUGCCACAGUGAUUGCUGGAGUAUUGGCCGUUUUUCUUCUUAACGAUUUUCCUUCCGAUCGACCGAAAUUUCUCACUGAUUCCGAAUGCAAACGUGUCAUGGCUCGACUACAAAGCGACACGGGAACCGGAGCUGGUGGUCUCUCUCCAUGCAUAGCUACUUGUAUCGCUUUUCUAUCAGGCAACACAAGUCCACACACGAAACGAGCCACUGCAUUGGCAUUCAUGAUCUCGUUUGGCAACACAGGUGGAGUGAUCAGUGGACAAAUUUAUCGUACACAAGAUGAACCUCGAUUUAUCCUUGGUCAUGCCGUCAAUCUAGGUUUCUGUGCCCUUGGCUUAAUCAAUGCUGUAAUUCUUCUGAUUGGUCUUCGAGCGGAAAAUCGACGGCGUGAUCGUUUGUUUGGACCUACGCAAUCAUUAACUGCACUUGUGAGUAUGGAUUCGACUUCGUGUGGGACAGACGUAAAAUGUUCCCACAUAUCUGGUCUAGGUAGUCAAGGGGACAAACGACGAUGGGGCUAUGAGAAUAUGUCUGAACAGGAAAUUUGUGAUUUGGGCGAUGAACAUGUUGCCUGGCGCUAUAUUCUCUAG